CUCGCCUCUGCCUCCGAAUGCUAACUGGGCUAGGACUCGCCAGCUUCCCUCAGACGAACAGACGAACAGAUCAACAGACGAACACCCCACCCCACAAGCUCUCUCCUCUCACCAUGUGCUACUUCGAGCAAACCCGUUGGUCCUGCGGCUACUGGAAGUGGGGGAACUUCCGCCAGCAGUGCAACAAGGAAUACCGUACGGGAGAGACCUGUGGCCUGAAGCUUGUCUACGACACGACGUACCAGCAGGGGAACUGCAGGCUCUGCGAGCAGAUCCAGAAGAAGAAUAGGCGAGUCAACAAGAUGGCGCAGGACAUCCAGCGCUGGCAGCGGGAGGGGAAUCGCAGGGCGACCAUUGAGAAGACGGAGGGCGACAUCCAGGAAAUCACGGCCCAGAUCUCGGAAAUAUGGAGUCAACAUCAGGAUAGGCAGCGGACUAUCAGUUAGGCGGGGUGCGAACAGGUAUGUUGGACGUGCUGCCGAGUAGCAAACAAAAAUGCCGGGGACGAGUACUGACAGUGGUGUUUCUUUUAGUAUCUAGAGGUCUGAAGAACAUGGGAUGCUAGAGCAGCGCCCCCG